UGCCUGACAAGUAUAUAUAUAUGGGUUCUGUUUUUACUGUUAGCUAGUUUGUGCCCUUUUGUUGUUGUCGUCCCCUGAAAGUCAAAAUGUCCCGGCUAUAUAACAGCCUACCUUGUUUGCCGUAAUUAUUCGAGGGCAUACAUUGUUAAAGCUAUUGUUAAACUAUAUUUCAGAUUUAUUUUUGUUUUGUUUUGUUCACUUGUGACCGAAGAGGAAGUUUCAUCUGGAAACGUCUCUGUAAGGUCAUCUUAAAGCUUAGAGAAGGUCUACGUUUAAGGUAGCAGCCAUGGUGUUGAUUCUGGGCAGAAGGAUGAACAGGGAGGACUCUGGGAUCAGAGACUCACCAGCUGUCAAACGCAAGGUGUUUGAGGUUGACUCCAAAACCUUUGCCAGCCAGGAUGUCUUGGACUUCUGUUCUGGCUCAUCCCACUCAGAGGGCAUUCUGCAGGUAUUCAAUGAGUUUCGCGACUGCCGCCUGUUUACUGAUGUUGUCAUCAGUGUGCAGGGCCGUGAGUUCCCCUGCCAUCGUGCUGUGCUCUCUGCCUGCUCCUCCUACUUCAGAGCCAUGUUCUGCAACGAUCACCGCGAGAGCCGCGAGAUGCUGGUCGAGAUCAACGGCAUCCUGGCUGAGGCGAUGGACUCCUUCCUCACCUAUGUUUACACCGGCCGUGCCAAAAUCACCACAGAGAAUGUCCAGUUCCUCUUUGAGACCUCCAGCCUCUUCCAGAUCUACACACUGCGUGAUGCCUGUGCCAAGUUCCUGGAAGACCAGCUGGACCCUUGCAACUGCCUGGGCAUCCAGCGCUUCGCAGAUGCCCAUGCCCUGAAGCAGCUAGCCAGCCGAUGCCGCAGUUACGCCAUUGCCAACUUCUCAGACGUGGCUCAGCACGAGGAGUUCCUCGACCUACGCAAAGAAGAGCUGGAAGAGUACACUGGUAGUGAUGAGCUGGCCAUCUGUAAGGAGGAGGAGGUGUUUGAGGCAGUGAUGAGAUGGGUGUACCACGAUGUGGAGCACAGGAAGCCCAUGCUUAAGGACCUGCUGCACCAUGUGCGGCUGCCCCUUCUGCACCCCAACUACUUUGUCCAGACAGUGGAGGGAGACCAGAUUAUCCAGAAUGCCCCAGAGUGCUACCAGCUUCUCCACGAGGCCAGACGCUAUCACGUGCUCGGAAAUGAAAUGAUGUCACCCAGAACUCGUCCACGCAGGUCGACUGGAUAUUCUGAGGUGAUUGUAGUGGUGGGGGGUUGUGAGAGAGUAGGGGGCUUCAACCUGCCCUACACUGAAUGCUAUGAUCCAGUCACAGGAGAGUGGAAAUCCCUGGCCAAACUACCUGAGUUCACCAAGUCAGAGUAUGCUGUCUGUGCCCUCCGCAAUGACAUUCUGGUGUCAGGUGGUCGUAUCAACAGCAGGGACGUGUGGAUGUAUAACUCCCAGCUCAACCUGUGGAUCAGAGUGGCUUCUCUUAACAAAGGCCGCUGGAGACACAAGAUGGGCGUCCUACUGGGCAAGGUCUAUGCUGUGGGGGGCUAUGAUGGGCAGAGCCGCCUGAGCAGCGUGGAGUGUUAUGACUCCUUCUCUAACCGCUGGACGGAGGUGGCUCCCAUGAAAGAGGCGGUCAGCUCUCCGGCCGUGGCCAGCUGUGCCGGCAAGCUCUUUGUCAUAGGAGGAGGGCCUGACGAUGACACUUGUUCAGACAAGGUUCAGUGCUACGAUCCAGAGACAGACUCUUGGUUACUGCGGGCCAACAUCCCCAUCGCCAAGCGCUGUAUCACAGCAGUGUCCCUCAACAACCUGAUCUAUGUGUGUGGGGGUCUCACCAAGUCCAUAUUCUGCUACGACCCCGCAGAAGACUACUGGAUACAUGUGGUUCACACCUUUAACAAACAGGAGAGCUGUGGCAUGUCAGUGUGCAACGGCAAGAUCUUCAUCCUUGGUGGCAGGGGGGAAACUGGCGAAGCAUCAGACAACAUCCUGUGUUACGACCCGGCAACAGGGAUCAUCACAGGAGUGGCAGCCAUGCCGAGGCCGAUCUCCUACCAUGGCUGUGUAACCAUCCACCGCUACAAUGACAAGUACCACAGGACCUGACCGUAAACAAGCACACACACACUAAAGAACUUAAACUCUUUUAAAAACUUAAGCUCUUCAAGUUCACCCCCUGCACAACACAAACACACACUUACAACAUACACAUUAAGGAGCUCAGUCCACAGUACCGUUAUUUUCUCACCGCAUCAUGUAGCAAUACUCACUGUGGUGUAGAGCUGGGCAAUAUAUCAAUAUUAUAUCGAUAUUGUGAUAUGAGACUAGAUAUCGUCUUAGAUU